AUGACAGUAAAUAAUAUAGUCCGUGUAUUUGUAGUACGACACGGCCAAACCGACCAUAAUGUUCAAAAAAUACUUCAAGGUCAGCUUGACACUCCAAUGAAUUCUCAAGGUUAUGCUCAAGCAGAAUUACUUGGUUCUAGAUUCAUUUCAACACCAAUAAACCAUUUUGUCACAUCGGACCUUUGUCGAUGUCAAGAAACACUUGAGCAAAUAACAAAACACCACACUUCUCCACUGAUUAAGAUUACUCGAAAUUUGAGAGAAAGAAAUAUGGGAAAAGUACAGGGUAUGUAUCUUAAAGAUGCGCAAGCUCAAUAUGGACCAGGAUUUAGAAAUUUCGGUGAGGGAGAAGAAUCGUUAUGUAAAAGGGUUGAAACUGAGUUUAAUGAAAUCAUUAAUGGAAAUCAUCAAUAUGUGUUGAUUUGUACUCAUGGAGGUGUAAUUACUCGGUUUUUUAAUCAUCUAUUCCGUGAUUUAAAUUAUCAAUUAGCCGAUGGAUUGACUGAGAAGGAUUUAAGAGUGCCUUUUAAUACUUCGGUUUCUAUUGUGGACUAUAAUAGACAAACUGGAAAGGGGAUUAUCCAAUCUUUUGGCAAUACUCUGCACCUCGGUGGUGAUUUCAAAGUGGAAGAUCAAUUAUUGAGGUAG